AUGGAUCUGCGGUUUCUUGGGGAGAUCCAAACUAUGGUGGUGACAGCUCGGCUGCUUCAGGCCACAGUCACCGCAUUUGCUGCCAUUUUGGCAAAUGGAUCUGUGGUUUCUUGGGGACAUGCACGUUGUGGUGGCGACAGCUCGGCAGUUCAAAGUCAGCUGAAGGGCUUGCAGAAGCUUCAGGCGACUGCUGGUGCCUUUGCUGCCAUUUUGGCAGAUGGAUUUGUGGUUUGUUGGGGAGAUCCAGGCUUUGGUGGCGACAGCUCGCCAGUUCAAAGUCAGCUGAAGGGCGUGCAGCAGCUUCAGGCGACUGCUGGUGCUUUUGCUGCCAUUUUGGCAGAUGGAUCUGUGAUUUCUUGGGGAGAUCCAGACUGUGGUGGUAUCAGCUCGGCAGUUCAAAGUCAGCUGAAGGGCGUGCAGCAGCUUCAGGCCGCUGGUCUUGCAUUUGCUGCCCUUUUGGCAGAUGGGUCUGUGCUUUCCUGGGGCGAUCCAGACUAUGGGGGUGACAGCUCGAAAGUUGCAAGUCAACUGAAGGGCGUGCAGCAGAUUCAAGCCUCCGGGCGUGCUUUUGCUGCCAUUUUGGCAGAUGGAUCUGUGGUUUCUUGGGGAGAUCCCGAAAGUGGUGGUGACAGCUCGGCAGUUCAAAGUCAGCUGAAGGGCGUGCAGCAGCUUCAGGCCACUGACGAUGCAUUCGCUGCCAUUUUGGCAGAUGGAUCUGUGGUUUCUUGGGGAAAUCCCGAAGGUGGUGGUGACAGCUCGGCAGUUCAAAGUCAGCUGCAGGGCGUGCAGCGGCUGCGACACUCCUAA